UGAUGACGAGUAUAUAAAUCUGUGAUCGUCUGAAACUGAAACUACCCUGGAAACAGUUCAUCUGAAACAUUUGUCUGAAGAUCAGCUCUGCAGUUGUGCAGCUCAGCUAAAAACGGAAAGACAAAAGACAAUGGCUGAGAAUCUGCGUCACAGAUUUAACAAUGAAGCAGCACCACAGCAGAACAAUGGCAACAUUAAUAUCGUCCUUCUGGGGAAAACCGGAGUUGGGAAAAGUUCAUCAGGAAACACCAUCCUGGGAGAAAACAAAUUCACGUGUGGAAGAAGUCUGUCUGCUGUUACAAGAAUAUCUAGUGUCGAGAGAUCAGUGAUUGAUGGCAGAUCUGUGUCUGUUAUUGACACUCCUGGGUUUUUUUGUACUAAUCUUUCCCAAGAGCAGCUGGCGAGGGAGUUUGCGAGAAGUGUGUUUCUUUCUGCUCCAGGAGUUCAUGCCUUUUUAUUCGUUGUGCCGUUUGGCAGGUUCACGGAGCAGGAGGGGGAGAUAUUGACACGAGUGCAGAAGGUUUUUGGUAAAGAUGUGCUGAAGCAUGUUAUUCUCCUCUUCACAUAUGGGGAUGAAUGUGUCAGAGAGAGAAUGCAGGCAGAGAUUGAUGGGAAUGUAGUUGUCAGUAGAGUCGUUAAGAGCUGUCGGGAUUAUCAUGUGCUCAAUAACAGAGAUCUGACUGACAGACAGCAGGUCAGUGAUCUACUGCAGAUGAUUGACACGAUGACAGAGUGGAAUCAGGGCUACUACACUAAUGAGAUGUAUGAAUGGGCACAAAUGUGGCCAUGGGAGAAAUUCUGGAAAUUACUUAAGGACUUUUUUUAUGCUGUAAUUGCCUUUUUCCAGAACCUGGCUAAAAGUUUUGAUAAUAACCAUUGGAGACAAAGAAUGGCUCCAUACAUGAGACUCUGAAGAACUAAGAAUUCAAUUUGCUUUUGAUUCAUUUUAUAAUACAUGGUUAAUUAUAACAUGUAGGCAAAACAAGUCUCUUUGUGUGAGUUGAAAAGUUUAUUAUAUUUUGGCUACAUUGAACUUUCACAAGAUGGCUGUUAAAAUGAAAAGACAGAUCAUAUUUGUUUAUCAAAUGGCAUAUGAGAUACUACUUUAUCUUUACAUGUUUUAUUCAUUAAAAGAGCAUUAUGUAAAUAGCUGCUUUCUGAACUAUGAAAACAAAACAAAAGUCUCGAAGCAGAUAUUUCGUGAUAUAAUGCAUAUUCAGCCACCACCUAUUAAUAGUAUUUUUUAGCUCAUUAUGCAAAAUAUAUCUAAACAGUUAGUGUUUUCCCUAAAAAAUAAAUAGAAUAACUUUUCUGUAAGAAACAUUUUACUAAAUAUUCUGAAAUAUGAUUUAACUUUGCCAGAAGGUUACAGAAGAUCCUGUGCUAUGUUACUCUACUUUUGUGCUUUUAUUAAUUUUUAUGCUUAGUGGACAUUUUAUUCAGAGUGUAAUUUUCAUACAAGUACUGAUAUGUUAAAGGAAUUGAUUAUACCUAUUUAAAUCUGACAGAUACUGAUAAAUGUAUAAAACUUAAUAAUAAUCUCUGACCAAACUUUA